AUUAGCACAUAGAGGGUAAAAAAAAAUGUCUUGCAACCAUAAACAUAUUGGAAUCGAUAAUAAAGUUGCAGACUAGAUUGGGUUCUACUUGUCUACAGUUAUCUGUGAGAUUGGGAUUUAAAUUGGAUCGCUUGUGUACAUUUUAAACCGAUCUGUGUGUUGUUGUUUAGUUAAUUAGUUACUUAAGUGUGUCAUCACAGUAAUAGAACAAGAGUGUCAUUACAGUAAUGAAACCACCAUUGGAACCAAGUAAAGACGACUGUUGUAACAGUGGUUGUAAUCCCUGCAUAUUUGACGUUUUUGAAAAGCAACUCAAAUUGUACCAACAAUUUAUAGAAUCUGGAACAAAACUACCUGAUGACCUCUCAGAAAAUGGAAUAUCACAAACUGAAUAUACAAAAUAUCAACUAAUACAAGCUACUGAAGUCUGUGACUCUCAUAAAUUAUUAGUAUUCAAAUCAAUCAGUGUAGAUGGCAAAAAAGUCAGAUGGAAACCUGGAGACCACUUUCUUCUCAAGUAUAUUUCAAAAGAUUUGUGUUGUACAAAAGCUUACACACCUAUUAAACAGAAAGAUUGUUCAAAAGACCAUGAUUUUGCUAUAAUCCUUAAAGUGUAUUAUGAUGGAUUAGUAUCAAAUUAUUUAAACGAUCUACAAGAAGGUGACAUUACAUUAUGGCGAGGCCCUUAUGGUGCCUUCGAAAUAACUCCAAACAAGUUCAAUAGACUCAUAAUGAUCGCUCAAGGUACCGGUAUUGCUACGUUUAUAUCGAUUAUAAAAAAUAUACUUGACAAUGAAGAUGAUAUCACUAAAAUGUUUUUAUAUUAUUGUACACAAAGUGAAAACACAAUAUUAUUUAGAAGUGAAUUAUAUGCUUUUAAACAAUAUUGGAAUUUCACAUAUAAAAUAUUCAUCAACAACUAUUCGGAACAUACAAAAUACAAGUAUCAAGAGCCAAUAACUCAUCACAAAUUCAGUUUAGAAGAUUUAGAACCCUUGGAAUUUUUUCAAUGUAAUAGUCAGUUCCUUGUGUGUGGUUCAGAAAACUUUAUUAAUACAUAUAAACAAUUGUUACUAUGUGGCAAAUGUAGAAUAGAGAAUAUAUUUACGUUUUGAUACUGUGUGUGGCCCUUUUAUUUCAACUACCACAUCCUUAACUUUUUCAAUUGCAAUGCAUAAAAAGUGCACAUUACAUUACAUACAAUCAAUGUUGAUUUGGCAUAUAUGAUAUUCAAUAGAAUUUCUUGAAGACUGAUUAAAAUAACAUUUGC